AUGCCGAAGUAUGCAAAGUUCAUGAAAGAUAUUAUUACAAAUAAGAAAAGGUACACCGAGCCUGAAACUGUCAUCCUUGAUGCGAAGUGUAGUGCAAUUAUUCAAAGUACUUUACCAAGAAAAGAGAGCGAUCCAGGAAGAGUCACUUUGUCGGUUACCAUUAGUGAUAUUCAUGUUGGAAGAGAUUUAGUUCAUUUGGGGUCUAGUAUCAAUCUUAUUCCAUUUCCCAUGAUGAAGAGGUUAGGCAUUUUUGACUUAAAAGCAACGAGAAUGACGUUACAAUUUGCUGAUAAGUCCACAACUCGUCCUUAUGGAGUUGCGGAAGGUUUACUUGUGAAAGUUGAUAAGUUCUUAUUUCCCGUUGAUUUUGUUGUGAUCGACAUGGAGGAAGAUAUUGAUACACCCUUGAUUCUUGGAAGGCCUUUCAUGAAAACGGCAAGGAUGAUGAUCAAUAUUGAUGAUGGCUUAAUAAAAAUUGAUGCUACGGAGGAAGCUAUAAUGAAGGUUGAAAGUCAAGUUUAUUUGUUUACCCCUCUCGAGAAAACAUUAACUAAAGCUCUUGAAGUCCUUAAUGAAGACGAGGAAAAAGAGAUUGAAAUUUUUUUGUGA